AUCAUUAGCGUGGCACCGGUGAGGUUUCUUUGCACCACGAAGCAGUAGCUAUCAAAAUUGAGUGCAGUAUGCUGAACAGCUGAGCGAGGGAACGGAUGCUGAAAGGAGCCUGCGAAGAAAAAGGAUUUUUUGGAGGAAAAACCUUCUUUCGACUGCACGUAGGCACUGCCCGUCACCGAGAGCUGUGUCAGGGAGUGGGAAUUGCCUGCGUAUGGUGAUUGAUCUGCGCAGCCCCUGGGAUGCUCAGAAGACGGAUUAAGGAGAAAAGAAUCGCGGGAGAAGGAGGAGGUGGAGGUUCCCCUUUGAAAACGCAGGGGCUAAUAGAAAACAUCCUCUAAAUUGUCAGUGUGUCAGGUUACAUUAAUGCAGAUCCCGGUGACAGUGGGAUCACCCUGAGAUGAGCCACCCAUAGCCAGGGCCAGCCUCGCUGCCAGGGCUCCCUGCCCCGGGACAAUGAGGAGCCGUCUGCUGGCUUAACAGGGAAAAUUUCGUAGCGGUGUCUGGUUUUUUUUCCCCGAACCUCGUGAAAUUUCAUGUGACGGCAGAGCCGCUUCCCGUGCCCUCCUUGCGCCGCCUCACAGCCGAGGGCUGGGUGGUGGAGGGCCACCGCCAUGGCGGCGAAGCAGCCCCCGCCGCUGAUGAAGAAGCACAGCCAGACCGACCUGGUGAGCAGGCUGAAGACACGCAAGAUCCUGGGGGUCGGAGGGGAGGACGACGACGGCGAGGUCCAUCGCUCAAAGAUUAGCCAAGUACUGGGAAACGAAAUCAAGUUUGCUGUCCGGGAACCUCUGGGGCUCAGGGUCUGGCAGCUGGUUUCCGCCGUCAUGUUUUCCGGGGUCGCCAUCAUGGCCCUCGCUUUCCCUGACCAGCUGUACGACGCCGUUUUCGACGAGGAAUCAGUGAGCAGCAAGACUCCCAUCCGGCUCUACGGAGGAGCCCUCCUCAGUAUCUCGCUCAUCAUGUGGAACGCUCUCUACACGGCCGAAAAAGUGAUUAUCCGCUGGACCCUGCUGACGGAGGCGUGCUAUUUUGCCGUGCAGUUCCUGGUUACCACUGUCUCCCUGGUUGAGAGUAGCCGGAUAGCUACAGGUGCCGUGCUCCUCCUGGUCAGCCGAGCCCUCUUCAUCCUCAUCAGCAUUUAUUAUUAUUACCAAGUUGGACGCCGUCCCAAGAAAGUCUAAUUCCUGGGCUUUUUGUCAUGGGAAGGGUGGGAGGGGGGGGGUUGUGUCGGUAAUUUUGCAUUAUAAUUAUAACUUUUUUUUUUUUUUUUUUUUUUGUUAGUCCCUUUUGGUUCUAAAGUGGUUUCCUUCUUUUCCACUUACCGGCAUGAAUCAGUGUGUAACCCGGUGCUGGUGGCAUUGCCAGGUGAAAUGGGGCAGGGGUGGGGGGGAGCAGCGUUUGGUGGGACCCCCCAGCCCCUCUGCAGGAGGUGAGGAGCAGUGGGAGGAAGGCUCAGGGAGGUAUAUGGGCCUGGCAGGCUCAAGGAAAAGAGCCGGUUUCCAGGGGGGGGAACUGGCCGAUGGCAGCACACGCUCUGAACCCGCUGGAACAAAGCACAAAAUAAGACCAGCACACUGAAACCAAAUCCCUGAGGAGACAGGGCGGUAAGACAACUGACAAAAAGGACUCGGUGGCUACCCUUGGUAAGCCUUGCCCCUGCCUGGUGGAGUAUGCCCUCGUGUACAGCCCGUUCCCUUCACAGCAAGUACUGACUGUCCUGGGAGCUGGACGGGGCUAGGUCGAGUUCAGUGCUUUGCAAACAGCUCUUCUUUCCUCGCUGCCAGAGGUGCCACCCCGUUCGUGGUUUUUGCACCGGGUGCUGUGCAAAGCUUGGCAGGAGAUAGAGCGAAAGAAGAGGGAGAGCCCUUGCUUGUUCCCUUCACAGGGACAGCACUGGGAACAGCUUGAACUACACCAUGUAAGAAGUGAAGGAGGCGAUUGGAAAUAGCCUGUUGAGCACAAAGACAUCCCCUUGCUUGCGAUGUUUCGUGACGUUUCCAGGCUGGGGUCCUGUUCCCUUCACCCCGGACCACUUCCUACACUUGCAGCUUUACUGAUGGUAGUAGCAGGGGUGGAUGUUUGUUAGGUGGUGUCUGAUGCUUUAGUUAAGCAGGGGCUGGAAUGUGGUUAGCACUAGUAAGAGCAGAGCGAGCAUCGGUACAGCUGCUUGGGUCAGUGAGCAGCCUCUAGAGAUGAGCCCCAGCUGUGGGAGAUGGUGUUCCAGCCCUGCUAAUGUGCAGGCAUCACACCUCUUCUGACUUUGAGAAGAGAGGACCAAAGUUUGUAGCAUUAAAAUACUUAACUGGGAUGAAGAACAGCAAGGAGCGAGGCAUAUGAAGGCAUCAUUGCCUUCUCUAGCUCAUUCAAGGACGGACUAAAUGUGCUUUAGUACUCACUGGCCAGUUUCGCCAACACCUCCUGGGCUUAACAGCAUUGGCUGCCCAACUUUCUAGCGCUUUCCUUGCAGAUUAUCCCUGUCCACAGCUGGAGGUGGCACUUUUUGUUCUCCACGGGACUAAAGCCAGAAGGUCUGUGUACAGGAUAUGGACUUCUUACUCAUGUGCUACUGUUGACUGGAUCAAAGCAUGCCCUGGAAUAGAGCUGAUGUCCCAAAAAUCCCCGUAGAAAGAUGCCUACGCAAACAGAAGUGCUGGUGUGAACAACAGCCCUCAAGCCACUGCUGAGGCUGGGAUCUAUGGCUAUUGCUGUUUAAUAUCUUAGUAGAGUUAGAAGAAGGUAGUGGGUAGUUACUGUAUGUUGUGUUAGUGCUUUUGGCAUUUAGAAGCAGAUGCAUAAACUUGGGACAUGGUGUGCAUUGUACCUACUGGCCAUGCAAAAUGUCUGUCAGGUAAGAAUAUUGGAAAUAAUAGUUGAACCAGGAAACAUCACAACUGUAAUUUUUUUUUUUUUUUUUUUCCUAAGAAGUAAAUCAAAGGGAGAGGCAACAUCCAACAGCAGGCUAAAUUCUGGAGCCUCCCAACAACACAUGCCUGCCAAGCUGCUUUCAACAUGUCCAAAAUAUGAUACUGAGCAACUAAAACUUAUAUUUAAAAGGAGUCUUCCUGUUCAGGGGGAAGAGUUGGGCUCUAAGAGGGAAACCUUUUCCCUGUGAGGGAGGAAAUGAUCAAGUGCAGCCUGGAGAAUAUCACAAAUUUGACUGAGCAGUGCUGCAUGGGGGAGCUGGAGCAUGGCAUGCCGUGGCUGUUGCUCUCACCUGCGCACCACCUGCAUGGGCAGCUGCUACGGCUUCAGAGCAGCACUUUGGCUGUAGUUGUUGGUAUAGGUACGUAAAGCUUGAUUCUUUGUGUUUUGGGGGGGUCACAUGAAUGUAUACACAGACUGAUCUUUGGUUUUGGGGAGGGGUGGGAAAUGAUGUUUCUAGGAAAGACAAGUAAAACUGACCACAGCAAAAGCAAUCUUGCAGAAGAAGGAAAUGGAGGGUCUUCUUAAUGCUGUCCUCCCAUCUGCGUUGGCCGCAGGUCCUAGGAAGGUAGCUAUGACUCUUGGUCUGUAGAUGGCUGAUUAGCGUACCUUAAAAUGUCAUCCAGCAGGUCAGAGAAAUGAGUUACUGCAUUAUGUAAGAGCAGUUCUCCAAAGACUUCUCGAUGGUUAGAUCGGGUAGGAGGGUGGGGGAAGCGGUUACACUUUCCUACAUUGGGUGAGGUCAGAUUCCUCUGGUUCCCUGCUUAGCAGCUGCCUCUGCAAAACUUAAAACAGUGAGCCGCUUCUAGUUUUGCCAGUCAAUGUCUUCUGCUCCAACACAGAGCAAAGCCCGGGGGAGUGGUGAUGUUAAGAGGUUUCAUGCUACUUGGUACCUAGUCCUGGAAGGGGAGAGAUGAAGAAAUUGUUUUAUUUUCAUGCUUCUUGCUCCAUCUUGCUAUAAAUGGAUCAUGUAGAAAGCAUGGAAGCAGACUGGGGCUUUACACCUCUUCUACAACUGUGUGAAAAGGGGCAAAUGGAUGCCCCUGCCUGGCAAUGGCUACAAAAAGGCUGUGGUCCCCUGGCAUGGUCCCUUCUCACCAGCAGGGUGCUGCAGGAGAAACAUGGCCAGGUGCACUCGAGGAGGUGAAUUUGGAGCAGGUGAGGUCAAGGAGGGAGUUUGUCAGGGUGGCUUGAGGAUGGAGCCCAGGCAGAGGAUCUGCAGUGCUGCCAGAAACCAACUGUGCCUGGUUGUCUUUGCUCUGUUGUGAACUGGGGGGGGGAAAGGGAGGAGGAUGCUGAAAGGUUUAUACAGAACCACAUCCUGAAGGACAGAAGGGUUGGCGUGGCAGCUGCAGGUGGCAGCUGAGCAUAUAAUUUGGGAUCAAAAGCCUGAGGCAUCACUUCAGGCUCUGCUACUGAUCUGCUGAGAAAAAAACGUCCAUCUCCUCAGUUUCCUUAUCUGCUAAGUUGUGAGAAAAGGCCUUGGACUGACAUCAUCUCCCAAGGGAGACCGCAAUGAAUUACCUGCAUUUGUAUAAGGUUGUGCAGGGUUGGGAGUCGCGUUCCCCUUUCUCUGCCAGAGGAUGGACCCAAACCCUUGCAUUCAUCGAGCCCUUGCUUUUGAGGGUGAAGAAAGCUCAUAAUUCACAUAACUCCCUACAUCGCCUUAUUUAUGCCUAACCAAUAUCUGGCAAGCUGGAGCUGGUGACAAAGGAGAGGCUCUGUCUGUCCUAAUCUGGCCUCUCCUUUCUGGUCAAGGGUUUUUACUUGGGGUGGGGGGCAGGGGAAAAGGGGACACUUCAGUUUAUACCUCAUUUUAGCUGCUGUACCUGACUUUAUUCUUUCUCCUCUGGUAAGAAAGUGACUGUACUUAACACCAAGCAAAUAGUGAAAAUUAAAGCCGUUUCACUUCACUGUCACAAUA